GCUGGUGCUGGCGUUUGUAUCAUCCGGAGUCAAAUCUUCCCUUGAAAACUUGGAUUACAUGUCAAAAAACAGUCCUGUUGCCUGAAGAAGGCGAGAUUGUUUGGAGAGAGGGGGGGAAAAAAAUCAGCCUAGUAGCGUGUGUGUUUGUAGGAGACCGCAGUCUACCUCUCCUCCUUCCUCCUUCUUCCUCCUCCUCCUCCUUCAGCCGCUCAUCACGCACGGACUCACCGCGUUGUUGUUGUGGCUGCAAUUCAUCCUCCUGUACGACUACACCACCAGCCUCCAGCUUCUCUUCGCCCUCCACUGUCGCAACAGUCACUGGCUUCUUUUCACACUUCAGCAUUGCAUCCUCCGGUUUGACUCUGGGCAGAGGACAUGCAGCAGCAGAUCAUUCGGGAGACGUUUCAUUUGGUGUCAAAGCGGGAUGACAACGUGUGUAAUUUCUUGGAGGGUGGAAGUCUCAUCGGCGGUUCCGACUACAAGCUGAUCUACCGCCACUACGCCACACUCUACUUUGUCUUCUGUGUGGACUCGUCCGAGAGUGAGCUCGGCAUUCUGGACCUCAUCCAGGUGUUUGUGGAAACGCUGGAUAAAUGCUUUGAGAACGUCUGUGAACUGGACCUCAUAUUCCACAUGGACAAGGUCCACUACAUCCUGCAAGAGGUGGUAAUGGGUGGCAUGGUCCUGGAGACCAACAUGAACGAGAUUGUGGCUCAGGUGGAGCUGCAGAACCGUAUGGAAAAGUCGGAGGGCGGUCUGUCUGCGGCACCCGCUCGCGCCGUCUCCGCCGUGAAGAACAUGAACCUGCCUGAGAUCCCGCGCAACAUCAACAUUGGAGACAUCAACAUCAAAGUGCCCAGCCUCUCCCCUUUCUGAGUUCAGCUGUGCAGGGGGUGGGUGGGAUCCAGUGCCCCCUCCUUGCUAGUACGCAGUGAACUUGAACUCUCCCAACCACGGCAGCAUUCACGACUUCACAUUCUGGCUGCUCUUGUGUGUGCGGGACAGAAGCUGGGAGUCGUUUCCGUGUUGUUGUUUUAUUUCCGACGUACUGUCCUUGUUCAAUUUGCACAAUAU